CGUUGUCAUGGAAACAAUCAAUGUUUGUAUCGAAAAUUAUGUUAUUCUGCUUAUGUUUUGGAAGGACGAAGAUCAUUUAACGAAGUGUAUAGUUUUUGAUUCGUUUCAGAGGUCUAUCUAUUUCAGAAUUGUGAAAUUAGGAUGCUAUCGUCCACAUUUAGUGCAAAAUCCGAACAAGAAAAAUUUCCAAUGAACACUGAAGGGGAAAAUAAUAAACUUUAUAGAAUGUCUACUCCGAAACCAGUAAUGCAUUUAGGAUCAGCUAUAGAACCUCAGAAAACAGGAAGCUCGGCAGUACCAAGCACACCUUUUCGAAACAGUACUGAAUUUCGCAGUAGUACAGCUUUAAUAAAACCACCGUCAAGCUUGAAGGGAACUUUGCGAUCAUCGACAAGGACGGGAACUUCCAACCUUAGAUCAGGAACUGCAACUGUUUUGAUCAACAGGCCUAUGACAGCGGUUAGAGGGGCCGGAUACACAUCGCAUGGAAGAACCUUCGAUCCAGCUCUUCAGGCAGCCACAAUGCCUGUUCCUCCUUUGGAGCUACAAAAAGACGAUACACCUGAGGAAAGGAUACGUCAACAAGAAGCCAAAAUCAUGGAACUGGUUGAGGAGUCUUGCAAAGCCAAUGCAGCGGGAGAUUUUCGAAGAGCUCUGUCCAAAGCUAAAGAGGCCUCAAACAAAGAGAGGAGUCUGAUAAAAAUUCAAGAGCAAGCGAAGAUGGCGGAGACACAUAAUAUGGAUUUGACAUUCGAGGUCCUCUUCAAUCUUGGGAACCAAUACGCAGCCAACGAACUAUACCAAGAGGCGCUGAACACAUACCAGAUGAUCAUAAAGAAUCGAAUGUUCACCAACGGCUACCGUCUCAAGAUCAACAUGGGUAACAUUUACUUCAAACAGGGUCGCUACGACAUGGCCAUCAAGAUGUUCAGGAUGGCCCUGGACCAGAUGUCCAACGUACACAAGAACCUGAGGAUCAAGAUAAUGCACAACAUCGCCAUGGUGUUCAUCAAGAUGGGCCAGUGGAUAGAGGCCGUGACCAAUUUGGAGUACAUUAUGAGCGAACAGGCCUGUCAUAGGGCUGGUCUUCACCUGGUGGUCUGCUGUAGAGCUUUGGAGGAUACGGAUCAGAUGAAGAACGCCUUCAAUUCGCUCCUGUCUGUCCCUAUGAAUAUGGACGAUGAGGACAAGUACAAUGUGGAGCAAGACAACCCCGAAGAAUCCUUCAUAGCAAGAGCGAUCAGAAACGACGAUCUGCACAGAUACGAAAUUCAAAAGCGUAGAGAAGCCGAAUAUUGCAUCCUGAACGCGGCCAAACUGAUCGCGCCUCUGAUUGGCGAUUCCUUCAGCGCAGGUUACGAUUGGUGCGUGGCCACAAUCAAGAAGUCGGAAUACGCCAGACUUGCGUCCGAGCUGGAGAUCAACAAGGCGGUUAUGUUCCUGAAACAGAAACAACUACCUGAGGCCGUCAGCACGCUGAAGGCCUUCGAGAAGGAUUCGAACAUUGCGAUAAAUGCUGCCGUUAACCUGUCAUUCAUAUAUUUCUUGCAAGGUGACUACGAUACUGCCUUAACCUAUGGGCAAGUUGUUGAGUCAUCCAUAGUUAAGACACCUGAAGGUUACGUGAAUUUGGGUGCCUGCUUCAUGGCUCAAGGACAACUAGAAAAGGCCAUAAACUGCUUCGAAACGGCUCUAGAACUGGCUCCCAAUCAUUUUGAAGCCACCUAUAACUUAGGUUUGGCCCUGAAGAACCAAGGUCAUUUCGAGAGGGCCUUGGAAUGCUUCCAGCAGUUCACCGGCUCCCUGGCUCUUCUCCCAUGUGUGAUCUAUCAGACCGGCCAUCUUCUAGACCUGAUGCAAGACGCUGAAGCUGCAGCCGAUACCUACCAGCAGCUCUUAGGACUGGUGCCUGCUGACGCUGAAGCCUUGCAAAAAUUGGGAGAACUGUACGAUCGAGAAGGGGACAAACAGCAGGCCUACCACUAUCAUCUAGAGUCUUUCAGAUACUUUCCGGCGAAUUUGUCUGUUAUCGAAUGGUUGGGGUCGUAUUACAUCGAGAUGCAAGUGGUAGAGAAGGCUUUGGUUUACUUCGAGAAGGCUGCAAUCAUGCAACCUAACGAGCCCAAAUGGAACAUGAUGGUGGCUGCUUGUUACAGGCGUAGCGGGAACAUGCACAGGGCCUUAACACUAUACCAAGCUAUUCACAAGCAAUUUCCAGAAAAUGCAGAGUGUCUUCGGUAUUUGGUUCGUUUAUGUAGUGAUUUAGGCAUGAGAGAAGCCCAAGAUUAUGUGAUGGAGUUGAAAAAGCUGGAGAGGACCAAGGAAGUAAGGGAAAGAGUAAACAGCAGUCGACCGGGUUCUAGAAGAACCAGCAGAGGUUUAACAUCUAGUGCUAGUUCAGGAUUCAGCGUAGUUUUGGAAAAUGUGUCUAGUCCAAGAAAUUCAGCUGGUAGAAAUUUAGAUUCCUCUAGAAUGAUGGAUUUGCGAAACAGUGCAGGAAGCAAUGAUUCUGGAUUAGAAAAUAGUGCUGUUUUUACAGAUACAUCAUACUUGGAUCCAUUAGGGCCCCAACCCACAAGACCUAGAACAGGAAUGGGGAAACCUCUUGACUUCGAAGAUUUUGAUAACGAAGAAUUGGGUGAUGAUCUUCUACCUGAGUAAUACACUGAAUUAAAUAUUUUCUGUCAUAAUAUAACAAACAAAUAUAAUUGAAUAAGUUUUUAAAUAUUCAAAAAUUCGAAUCCUGCUACUUUUGAUUGUAUUUAGAUGAUAUAUUGAUAUUAUAAAAAAUAUUUUAAUUGUGAAGUAAAGAUAUUUCUGUUAA